UGCUGGAAUGUGUUUACUAAACGCGUGCACCGCAUUGGUUCAAAACGGUCACGUGACAAUCGCUUCACUACUUUCUCAUUCCGCUCCAAACAAACUAGUCCCGAAUUAAAACAACGAUCGUAAUCAACAGGGCAACAUUGCCCAGGAGAACUUUUACUUUUGAAACCUGUACAAGUGUAUAAUUUUUAUGAAGCAAAGAGCAAGUAGUCUCAAGAGGUCGGAACGACAUUCAAUUUCUAAACACAUUUUCUCAGUCCAUCUUGUGGCCCAUCUGCUGUGGACCCCACUGAAGGUCUUGGCUAGAAGAUGCCAACAGAGAUAACUGUAUAAACCCAAAAUGUGUUUAAUGGAUGGUUUGUUUCCCAAACCCAAUAUUUUAUUUUUGAUCAUUUAUAUGUGUUUACGAGUGUUUUGUUCGAAUUCUCGGUUUAAAUGAGAUACUUAAGAACACCUGUGAAACUCGUGUAAAACCCUUUAAAAUAAAGGGUAGUUGCCUAUUGAUAGAAAAAUUAACUGUAAUAUAAUUUUGUUUGGGUUUUCAACAACACUAUUGUCACCACAGGACAUUUAUAGUGAAUCUGAUUUUUUUUUUUGUGUGGUACUUUUAGGACAUCUACAUGAUGUGUUACACCUUUGUUCAGAUUUAUUGGAUACCAUUGUCUUUCUACUAUUUGAAACAGGAACACCAAAAACUUAAAUGGACAAAGUUCAGCCAAACAUCAAAUUUUAAGUUUGGUGCAGGAAAUAUUUGACAACAACUUGCUUGUCCACACAGGAUGGGGAGCUGUGCCUAUCUCCAGUAAUCUCCGGACAAGCAGGUGGCAUAUACCCUGGACAGGUUGCCAGUCUAUUGCAGUUCAUUAUCAAUGUAAUUUGAUAAUAAAAUGGAUAAAAUUUGCCACAUAAGACAUUUUAUUGACCAUCAGGCCCCGAUAAGAGAGCUCCAGAGAACCUCAGCCUUUCAAACCAGCUGCAAUUUCACUAGAAGUAAUUUUUGAGCAAAGUUUAUUGGAGAUUUUAGUUUCUGAUUUAAAAUAGGCUUUGAUUAUUUCUGAUUUUGAAGCAUUUUAUGAUACAUCAUUCAGUUGUAUUGUGUGUGGCUGCAACACAAAGCCUGGUUUUCAAUGGAGCCUUAAUAAUUAAGAAUAGAUGUUUUUGUCCUCAUCAUUUCUUUUUUUCUGGUUAUAUGCUGCCAUGGGAAAUAUCUGAUGAAAGAUGCUCCUUAUGAACUCUUUUUUUCAGCCUGCAUAUUUGGUUGUUCGACUGCUCUGUGGGGACGAAAUUAGAAAAAUCAGUUUAAAUUGCUUUUAGAAUAUUUAGACCAAAUUUAACCAGCGGUCUAAUUUGGAAUCCUUCCUUUAACUCAAAAUACUAUUAUAUAUGAACAAACUCAUUUUAAUAACUACAUUUUUGACAGACUAAUUUCUUUGACAAAAAAAGGCUGGCAUCAAACCUGCUUUCAAUCUGUACUGCCAUUCUCACCAGCUGAUUUCCCUGCUGCUUUGACAGAGUUUCCAGCUGAGAGAGGAGGGACGUAUGGGGCAGAUCCAGUUUCUCAUUGACUAUUCCCGUGGUGAAUUGAGCCCUGCUGCACUGAGUGAUUGCUGUUCCCUGUGGCAUCAAUAAUACAGGAGGAAGUUAUUGUCCCUGUGCAGGCCACAGUAUCACACAGUGAGCACAGGUGAAGAGAGGGGGUUGUCCUUUCACUCAGCCCUCUAGGGUUUCAGGGCCCCGCAGACUGCAGUCCGACUCCGGGGAGCCAACUCCUGUGCCCUUUGCACAAGGCUUAAUUGUAAGUCUGCCCCGAUUGAAGGAUAAAUGUGUCUAAACAGUGACAACCUGCACAGUCCUCCUGACCCGGCCUCUUCGGUAAGACUACACCCCAGACAAGCCGAGUGUCACAAGACGAGUUCCAGCUCAAUAAAGAGGUAGUCAGCAGGAGACACCAGACAGUUUGGGAACAGGAUGGAUGUGCUGGGAGUGAUUAACAUGAUCCAGAUUUUCACCUUGUUUAAACACGUAGAGUCACGACCUUCCUGCAGCCUCUCCAUGCCCCCAAACAAGAACAGUUUUAAAAAUCUGCUAGACACUGUUAUGUUUUUGUCAAAGACAAAUAACACGCUGUGUGGUGGGUUUUAAAAAGAUGAAGCCACGCUGAUGAGAACAGCAAGUGAUCCAAACAACCUAGACAGAAAAGACAGAGUGGUGGUGGGAGGAGUGCAGGAAGAGAGUGAAAGGUAGAGAAAGUCAGAGCGGUGGUGAAAUCGAGACCCACUCAGGAGGAGGUCAGCGUAGACGGCAGCAAGUUUAAGGAGAUGGACGACAACUGUUGGUGAGUUGGUGUUUUUACCUCCUUGUUGUUAUAAAUUAGAUAUUUAAAUGUAUCUGCAGAUUAAUGAUUCUCAAUGUGAGCUGUGGGUGUUUAACCUUUUACUUAACAACCUCUUUUCCAGCCUUUUGGGAUCAUUUACUUAUAGUUUGUAAAAUUUAAUUACAUUACAGAUGACUGGUUUGGGAAGCCGCUCGGUGCUGGUGAUAAGAGGAUGUGAGAGCCAAUCAUCAAGGGAUGAAGGAAAGAUGUGACCCCAGUUAUCCACUAAGCACGCUGGCAUGAGAUGAUGAUGGUAAAGAACAGGUCAGGAAUGGCCUCCCUUCAUAUCAUAGGUGUUCUCAUUUGUUUGGUUUUACUUGGGAACGGAACACCUGAGAGGACAGAAGGUGAUAAAGUCAACCAUAGAGAGGCUAUUCUCAAGGAGAUCUUUUCUAAAUGGAGUAAAGGCGCUGGCUUGAGUCCACACCAACCUUCAGCUGAAACAAACAAGGACCAGUCAACGCAGAGUUGGAUGAGGAAUAUUCUGGGAGGCAUAAAGACGCUGUUUCCUAACAAGAACUUGCCUUCAUUAAACAAACCAAUAGAUAGACACCGCCUCUCUGGAUUUCUCUAUAACAUUUCUCUGUACCUCCAAGAGAUGGGUGCCGAGCUGGAGGAAGUGCCUGCAGAGGGAGACGAGGAGCAGCUGUGGGGGAAGUUGCUGGAGUUUUUUCUCCAGUCUGAGGGAAGUGCUGCGCCGAACCAGUGGAACGGCCAUGCACCUCCCCGCCCAAGCAUCAAAGUGCAGGACUGGUUUUUGUCCCUGAGAGGUAGCCCACACUGGGACUGGCUCCUGGGGCUGUUGCAGAGUCUCAUCACUCUGUCUGAGCGCCAACCUCAAAAACCCAUUUUGGCUUUCCUGUCUGAGAACUGGAGGACAGUGAGUGCUGUGCUAGAAGCCACGCUGCAGGCUCUAAUUAGUGGGACGUAUGGCCAGGCCAGUGCCGGCCUGCAGGGCUUCAUUUGCGCCCUGAAAGGUCGCAACGAUUGCACUUUCAGUGUCAGCUGGCUUCAGCAAGUGCUGCAGUUCUUGGAAACGCGUAGCUGGAAGCCUGUGGUCAGUUUGCACCCAGCAGGGGAAGCUGCUGGACCCAGUAAGAGCCCAUUUGGGCGUUUCAGACCCUUCAGCAUGCCCCCUGAAGCAAUGAGACAGGACGUGUCUUCUGCUAACUCUUCUGUAAAAAACGCAAUGUCCACAGAGGAUGAGCCGGACUCCAUGCAAAGCCUUCUGCUGCAGGCUUUGUCCCGUUCAGGUGGAGGAGAGCGAGGGAGCAGCUUUACUCAGAAGAACUUAGCUCUUGUGCAGAGUUUAGACGGGCUGAGGCGGGGCCUUCUGCACAGGGUGGGCAGCUCUGUCUACGGCAACCUGAGGAAGAAAGUGUCACAAGUUACCAUGGCUUUGCUUGAUGAUGUCAGCAGCCUGGUGGAUGCUCCACAAGCCAACUCUGGAGGCCAGUGCUCAGUCGGUGACCUGAGACACCUGAUCUUAUGGGGAGUUAGACAUAAUGUGAUGUGGAACACACAGGCUUUGGGCUCUCAGGGCCUCCCGGGCUCCCUCCCGUUUCUCUCCUGCCCCUCCAACCAGGGAGAGACGCUACAGUCACAGAAACCCUCGACAUACUCAAAAACAGCUCCUUCCUCACAGAAACCCUUCAGGCAAAACCAAAUUCGUGAACUCUCGAAUGCGCCUCGCAGCCAGGUCAGAGAUGGGGACAGGAAGCAGAAAGAGCAGGAGAUCUCUACCUCCGCAGAAAUUCUGGAGGCGGCGUGUAAUGAAUCCAUUCCAGGCCUGACCGGUGUCUCUAACUUCACCGUAUUCCUUUACUGUAAGCUGUUUGAAGGGGAGAACGGGCCGGCUGAUCCUGCCAUGGGUCACAUGGGACUGGACCUGCAUGAGACGUGCUCUGAUGCAGCAUGGUACCUGUCUGCUGCUGAGGAUGACUUCUUCUGGGUUCACGUCUGCAGCGAGUUCUUUGCCCAGGAGUUCAACAACACGGUGUGUGCCAACUCAUCCUUCUGGCUGCAGAGAGCUCAACAGGCUGCAGCGAUAAAGGAUUACCACUUUUUCAACCAGAGCAUAGACAGCCUGUGUGUGCAGCUUUCAGACGAAGAACCGGUGAGUCCAGGACUCAGCGAGACUUGUCUGUCUCAGUUGGGGAGCAGGUCACUCAACGCCGAGGCUUUCAGAAACUGCUUCCUGCCUAACAACUCGGUCCUGGUCUCAGCUCUGUGUGACUCACAGCAGCAUCUGCCGGAGGGCAGCUGGGCAGCAGCAUACUGCUCAAAGAUGCACAACCUCUCCCUGGGUGACCCCUCCACGGACACUUGUCAAUACACAAAGUGGUCAGUGCAACAUUUCACCAACUCCACCCUCCUGAAGCUCUGUGGACGAGCACAAGGACUGAGAGAGCACGUUUGUCUGAACGCCACGCUCUACCAUCAACUUGUGAAGUUAAAGCCUCGCCUUGCAGACGUUUGUGCAGACCUUCAAGCAGAACAGGAAAGCAAGAAGUGCUUUCUGCAGAGGUUCUUCGACAUGCUCCCAGCACGGUAUGAGUUUGACACAUCCCAGCUGUGUGUGGAACCAGCUCCGCUGCUGGUGGACCUCCUGCACAAGCUGAGCGUGUGCGAGAUGGAGGGAGGAGAGCGAGAGGGGUUUUUGGUGGCGAUGGGAUACUUGCUGCGUGUGUUGGACUUUGUGGUGGGGCUCUCCUCUGGGCUGGAUGAAGGGGAACGAGAGGCGAGACAGGGUCUGGGCCAAGCCAUCCUCCUCUCCAGUCUGCUUGAUAACGCAUCCUGGACCAUGCUGCAGCCCGAAGCCUCCACCAGCGUCCUGCACACCGUGGGAGUCUUCCUGCGUAAAGAGCAGAACGCCACUUUGAAAGAAGACCUGCUGAGCUGCUUCAGUCCCGUCCUGUGGGACCUCAUCCAGCAGAACGAUAACUCCUCCACUCUCAGAGUUCUGCUGCAGGAGUACUUUCAAAUGCCCAGAGACCGGAUUCGCUCUUUAGUGAUGUCUGCUGAAAAAGAUGCCGUGAAGAGAUUUCUCUCCCACAUGCAUCAAAGUUGGGACCAGCUUCAAGUAGAAACCAGCCAGGCUUCUCAACAAGAGCUGCAGGCCAUGGAAACAAUGACGUCUGCUUUCAUCCACAAGUUCCCCAGAGUGACCCCAGAGCUGUUUGUUGACCUUUCUCAGUUCAUCCCUUUCAUGUCUGUCUCUGACAUCAUGAGCUUCCCCGCCUCCCUGAUUGUCAACGACAGUGUACUGACGGCCAUUCGUGACCACAGCUCAGAAAUGAAGUUGCAGCAGAAGAAGGCUUUUGUAAAGCGGCUGCUGCAGUCGAGCGUGGUGGGCGAUGUCCCCACAUGGCCACCGUACUUCCUCAGCUCCAUCCUCCCUCUUCUGCCUUACCUCCCUGUCAGUCAUUUUCGGCAGCUGACGUCACAGCAGCUUGCUCCUCUGAUGGAGUUGCUAGGCAACAGCAGCCUGGACGGUGUGAGGGGGCGCCACGUGCUUCGAACCCUUCUCAGUAAGAGAAAGAACCUGACCGGUGAUGACCUGCUGAGAUUAGGAGUUCUUGCGUGCUACAUGGAUCCAGCAGACUUGGGUUUGUAUCUCCACGACUCAGCUAUGUCCUCUGCUCUCUGGCAGCAGCUGUCUCACUGUAUUUCCAAGGGGCUCAUCAGUGCCAGUGGCAGGCUGUCGUCCUGGUUGAUACCAGCGGUUUCAGCCAAGCUGAACAUCAGCAGCAUGGCUUCUUCAGACCUGUCUGCUCUUGGCGGUCUGCUACCUCAUUUAGGAACCUCCUUCCUGCUGUCUCUGCCUUCACAACAGCUGCAGGAAAUCCUGUCAGAACCGGGACUUCACAGAUACUCACCAGCGCAGGCGUUUCAGAUUUUAUCCAAGAUAACGGAGAACUCUAAUCUCACCGUGGAUGGACUGUGUAGCCUGAAGCGGCUACACGCUGGUCUCUUUCCUGCAGUGCUCUCAGCCCUCCAGUGGUCCGACAUCAGUCAAGAGGCUCACUGUCUGUGCUGGAGGGCGAUGCUGACUGAUCUGAAGCCUGGCCACAGAGCCAUGCUAUACAGUGCGGUGCAGGAGGCUCUGCACAGAGACUCAAGGAACAUCACUCAGCAGGUAAACUGUCUGUUUCCUUUUGUUCCGUUGAGAAAGCUGAUGCAGACCAUGAGCGGCGAAACCACUUGGAGAGGAAUUGGCACUUACAGAGACGCGCAGUGGUCGCCACAGCAGGCUCAGUUUCUGUUCAAAAAGAUCCGUGAAUAUAAAAAUAUCACCAGCAAAGAACUCCGAUAUCUGGGUGUUAUCGCUGGUGGGGUAAGCUGUGACGUUCUGAGGCUCUGGAUAAACAGCACAGGUUUUACAGAGCUGCUUCAAACUUUGAGUGAACUUCCUGGAGUUAUGAGACCUGCUCUGAGAAAAUGUAUUGUAGAAAUACUGAGGAAACAAGCCGACUUGGAUCUUGGUGCUUUAAGUUCCGGGUUUGCAGCAACGUUACCAGUGACGAUGAUAGAAAACCUCCCUAACACAUCCAUUAGAGCCAUUCUGAGCUACAUUCAGUCACACUUUGUCGAGUUCCUGAAACUACCACGCUAUAAACAGACUAAUUUAGCUGAGAAGGCCAUAGCCGAGCUGGGACCUUCUUUGGCUAAGGGGAAGGUUGAUGGGAACCUUCUGGACAACCUGGGCCCUCUUUUGCCUUUCCUGGACAGGGACAGUCUGGCUCAGGUGGACAGACGAGCGCUGGCUCUGCGGCUGGAAGACAUGAGGAUGUUCUGCAUCCCUAAAGAGGCUCUCAGGGACAUUAGUGGCAUUCUCACACAGAAAGAGCUGUUCGGAGAUCCGUCCAAAUGGGAGGUCAUGGAUGUGGAGCAUUUGGGCAGACUGGUGUUUGCCCUCUCAGCAAAGCAGAUUAACUCCAUUCCUCUGACAGUGUUGAAUAAGGACAUAGUGGAGCAGGUCCUGGCGGGUCAAAGGCGCUGGCAGGACAGCGUGGUUGGUGAGGUCUGUGUCAGCCGCUGUACAGACCAGAAUUACCACAGGCAGCAGACUCAGAUCCUCCUUCGAGGGAUUGUGAAGGCACGGAGCAGGAGGACCAAAGUGCCGGUUCCAAGUUGUGCAGACAUCAGGGGAACAUUUCCUUCUGCUUGGACAUCCACUCAGCUCCGCCGUAUGUCCCUGGACGAGCUGAAGGAGUGCAUGGAGGUUUUGGGUCAGGACUCGUCCCUGAGCUCCGAGCAGCGGCGGUCGCUGUGGGGGAAACUCAAACAGUCCUUCAGUCCUGUGAGGGAGCUGAGAGCGGAUCAGGUUCUGGAGCUGGGAUCAGUGCUGACAGAGAUGGGAGACAGGGAGCUGCAGGAAACAAACCUCACUCAUCCAGCUGUGUUAGCACAUCUGGGCACGCUCACACAAUGGAGUCCUCAGAAGAUGAGAGCGGUGGUUUUAGGUGUGAUGCGCAAAUGCAGACUGAAGGCGGAGCACUUAUCGUUUGUUGAUCUGGCAACAUUUGGUCAUCUGCUCUGUGGUCUGUCCUCCUCUGAGAUCAGACGACUCGGCCCCUACAACCUCAGUGUGGCUGUCGUCUUCCUGCGGGAGCUGUCCAUGCCGUGCUCAGAGCAGCAGAUGGAGGCACUGACAAGCCAUUUGUCCAGACCUGAGGCCUUCGGCCCAGUCAGCGCUUGGGGCCCGGAGAUUUUCACUGAAAUCGGGACUCUGGCAGCGGGUCUCCCUGAUAUGGCUCUGUCGGCCCUGCUGCGGGAACAGGUGGAGGGGCUCAUCCCUGAAGCUGUCGCCCUGAUGUCACCCCAAAAAAUGGCCGUGGUGUUCAGUGCGCUUCAGUUGUCGUGGCUGAGUGCGGAGCAGGCGUGGGCGGUCACAGAGGCACAGUGGGCAGAGCUGGACCCAGAACAGAGGCAUGCUGUUGGUCUGGCUCGGUACGAGGGAGACGUGCUGCUGGAGCUCAGAGGUAGAAACUCGGCUCCAACAGUCCUGAACAGCUUCUCUCUCUGCCCGCUGGCUCUGUGGCUUUUGUUACAACAAUUAAUUUAAAACAAUGGAACAAAAUUUAAUUUUCCCUCUCACUUCCCCCUGCUAUUACAUUUGUACUUCAAAUAAAUAUUUUGAACUUCCCCACUCUUCUGCGUGUCGGCCUCCUAAUUUACAUCUCAUCUAAUUGCUCUCUGCUCAACGUGAUUCAUUUUUAUGAGAGUUAUCGGCGAAGCCGAGUGUAAAUCGGUGUGUGUUGCUGUUCUGUGUGUGAGAACUUUUUGUCCGAACAACAUCAAGCAGCAAUUUGGUCAUGAAUGUUUAUGAGGGAAAAUGAGUGGGCCUUCCUGCAUUCACAGGAAAACCAAGCAAACAAGUUUGAGAUGAGAUUUUUCAGCCUUAACUCACUGUCUGGUACAUUAAAAUCCUUUAAUGGACCUUUUGAUAUCUUCUGCAGCACUCUGUGACCUUUAUGUGGAUUCUCGUCCCUUUCUAGGAUCUGUUUAUUUCAAUUAAUCUGUAAAAAUGAUUCCUUUUUCAUGUGUAAAUCCUUUCAAAAUCCAAAAUCUGACCUCUAAUUAAAUAAUCUGGCUUCUUGAUGUGUUCCAAGCCACUUACUGAGAGCAAUACAGGAGUGUCUAUUAUAGGAAGCACAAACUCAUGUUCUCUAAGAAAUUUUAAAAUGCUUAGAGAAGAUGUGCUAAAAUAGGUCAAAACAUUCAAAUAUCUGUCUUGAGAUGUUUUUUUAUUCCAACUGAUUUCAACAAUUCAUCUGGAUUUUUAUUCUAAAUGAAUGCUGGACUUAUGUUGGCUCCAGUUUCUAACCUUGUGAAGAAGAUCUUGUGCCAAAACAGCUCAGACAGUUUAAAAGGAAAUCAAUUAUAUAUAUUUUUUCACUCAGCCCAUUCAUCCUCUUUCAUUUUUUGGCACUGUGUCUCUGGAUUUAAUCGAUCUGACAGAGCGAUGACAGGAAACGAGGAGGAGCUGCAUUAAAAAGAUGCAACCCAGGUGCCCCUUAUGCACCUGAACCAUGCUGUGGUUUAGGGUUGGCUGCAGAAUGAGUCCAGAUGGUGCAAGUUUCUAAUUAAAGUCAGGCUUGUUUGCUCCAAAACCUAGAACUACAGCAGCACUUUCCUGAGCUGGUACAGGUGAGGUGACAGGUUUAUAAAGCUGGAGUCUGCAAGUUAUGAAAUGAUCAGCUGAAUAAGGAUUUGUAUUUUUCUGUUUUUUUUUUAUUAGAAAAUGUUGCAUUUUGCAGCUAUUCUACUGCCUUUUCUUUUAAAUAGAUGACGUCUAUUAGUCAGAAUUCCAUUCUUGGAACAGCUGUGUCUUCCUCUGAUGCAUGUUUUGUGUAUUUAUGCAAAUCUUUGUAUUCAUAUUACAUUUUAAAUGCCUCUUUUUUGGAUUUGUUGCUUCUUUUUGUGUGUGAUUAUUGACUGACUGCAGCAAUUUUGUUUUUCUUUUGUCAAUCUUCCAUCUUUCUCUGGGCUUUUGUGGAAAUUUAUUGUCAGAGUACUUAGAGCUUAUUUAUGGCUAUUUGGAAUAAAACUCUCUCUCUUUCAUCA